AUGACUUUUACAGCACUUUCCUGCACUUUACCACCGCCAACCAACACGUGCGUGUGCAGGUAUAAGCCUGCUGGUAUUGGAGGAAUCGUCUUAAUUGGUUUGAUCGCUUUAGGGCCGCGCAAUGAAGUCGCCAGGUUCGCCCGAAAGAACGCUCUGCAAACGGCGGAAGAGCUGGACAAGCGUAAUUGGUAUAGCGUGUCCUUGAGCCCAAAUCUGACCCCAGUUAUUCAUUUUUGUACCUAUGGCCUUAGAUGA